UCGAGAAAAGCUUUUGAUAAUGACAUCCUCCUCAGGCACCGGCGCUUCCUUCUUACUCCUUGCGCUGGUGAUGGUUGUGGCCACUGCUGACUAUUACGUGGCAGUACCACCAACCACGCCCACUCUUUUACAACCAUACAUUCUGCCCACCACCUUCACAUCUCCUGUUAAGACUCCAUACUUGCCAAAACCAAACACUGAAAUCGCCAUCGAAGGUCUCAUCUUCUGUAAAUCUGGCUACGAAACCUACCCUAUCCAAGGGGCCAGGGUUAAUGUUAUUUGUCCUAUCGUGGACUCAUACGGAAAGCUAGUGGCUAAGGUUGCAAUCUCGAGCUACCCAACGGACUUGAAAGGAUACUUCUACUUCAUCACGUACGGACUCUCCCACAAGGUGAAGAACAUCAAGGGCUGCAAAGUGAAGCUUGGAAGCUCUCCGGUCUCCAUGUGUAAGACUCCGACAAAUGUCAACAAAGGUUUCACCGGAGCUUCACUCUCUUCUAUCAGCUCCAAGUUCAUUAGCCGCGACAACUUGGACCUAUACACCCUUGAACCUUUCUAUUUCUCUAGCCCAGUGUCUCCCAAACCGGUUUACUAAGAAUUACAAUCGAUCAUCGGACCACGGUUUAAAUAUGUUUAUGUAUAUUGUUCGAUCUUACUCUAAUCUAUUCUCGUUCUUUGAUUCCUGGCCAUGUUUGCCAUUUUGAA